CACGCCGACAAUAAUCCGUUCAAUACCACUUUUGGCAGGAUUUGGAGACAAAAUGGAUAAAUGUGCCAAUUGAGUUGUAUACACAACAGAACUGCUUCCCUCAGUUUUGGCUCGCCCCUUGUUGAGCCCGUACUGUUGUGAUCUUUCUGCGGGACAAGCCUCUCAUGACCUGAUCCAUAAAUCCACCAGAAGGUCUAUAUUGACAGAAAUCUCGAGACAAUGGCAUCUGUCUUCCGAAAUCCGGCCGCAAUUUACGGCGCGGCCAUUGGCCUCCGCGUGGCUCUCCUAUUUUACGGAGCGUGGCAAGACGCGCACUCGGCCGUGAAAUACACAGACAUAGACUAUAUGGUCUUCACCGAUGCAUCUCGCUAUGUGUCUCAAGGAGAGUCCCCCUACUCCCGCGACACAUACCGCUACACGCCCCUGCUAGCGUGGAUGCUGCUUCCCACCACCUGGGCCAUCCCAGGUUUCUUCUCCUUUGGCAAGGCCCUCUUCGCUCUGUCCGAUGUUGUGGCGGGGUGGCUUGUCGCGAAGUCCUUGGUUUUAACGCACGGGAUGACGACGGGAUGCGCUCUAAAGUAUGCUAGUUUCUGGCUUCUGAAUCCCAUGGUCGCGAAUAUCAGCACGCGUGGUAGCUCCGAGGGUUUAUUGGGGGUGCUGGUUAUCGCAUUGCUCUGGGCUGUUCUGAACCGCAGGAUCUACCUUGCUGGUAUCCUGUUAGGUCUCGGUGUGCAUUUCAAGAUAUACCCGUUUAUCUACGGGGUUUCUACACUGUGGUGGCUGGACGACGACAGACUCACUACUGCUGCUACUCCUGCUACCCCGCGUGUAUCGGAAAGUCGGGAGACCGAACCCAAAUCCAACAACGCUACGACUAAACCGCCAGGAGAACGAACCAAACUCGAGCCUACUACGACCCCUGUCAGCAUUGCGUCGCAGAUCAUCAACUUCAUCACUCCGUGUCGCAUUCGGCUCACCCUAACAUCGUUGCUUACCUUUGCUGCCCUCAAUGCCACCAUGUACCUGCGCUACGGCACGCCUUUCCUCCAGCACACAUACUUCCACCAUUUAACCCGCAUUGACCAUCGGCAUAAUUUCUCGCCUUAUAGUACCCUUCUAUACCUAACUGCCGCUGCAGACCCCACGAGCGGGCAUGGGAGCCCAACCGGAAGCUUUGAAUCCCUGGCUUUCAUCCCGCAGUUACUCCUCGCUGUCGUCCUCAUUCCUCUCGUUCUAGGCAAGAAGGAUCUACCGGGAACGAUGCUCGCGCAGACGUUCGCAUUCGUCACAUUCAACAAAGUCUGUACAAGCCAGUACUUCCUUUGGUAUCUAAUCUUCCUUCCUUUUUACCUCCCCACGUCAUCCCUCCUGCAGAACCCCCGUUUGGGAGCAUUCGUUGCUGCGUUGUGGGUUGUCGGCCAGGCCCUCUGGCUGCAACAAGGAUAUCUUUUGGAGUUUUUAGGAAUGUCAAGCUUCGUCCCGGGCUUAUUUCUAGCGAGCCUAGGGUUCUUUGCGGUGAAUGCUUGGAUUUUAGGGGUUAUUGUGGAAGAUAUUGGCCGUGGUACUCGGGUCGUGAAGAGCCAAUAAGCGAGCACUAUUUUCAUGACUGACUGGGCUUGAGGGCAGUGCUAUCCUUUAAACUUGUAUAUACCUAAUUUGGGUUCAUUCGGAGGGUGUGGGGAGACUACCCUUGAUCAGGAGUUGACCUAGUGAUGUUUAUACGGAUAGAUAUUUGACUUUACUUGGCUGAUUGAUCAAUUGAUAUCUACCUGAUAUCAUUGGGG